UCUUAAUCGGUCGAUGACUAGUGUAACGUCAUUCGGAGCUGUUUACGUCAGUCAUGAACUCCGGUGUGAAGUCGUGUGUUUGAGCCGCAAUUUAUCUGGAUUUAACCACCCCACGAAACAGGUUUUUACCUGUCGUCCACUUCGAAACAAGAGUGAUCCGGCCGCCGAGACGGGGACGCAGUCCGGGGGGCCGCAGCUGCUAUGCCGCUGUUCGGGAAGUCGCAAAAGAGCCCCGGUGAACUGGUCAAGGCCCUGCGGGAGGCAGUGCUGGCACUCGAGCGGGGCGACAAAAAGGCGGAAAAGGCCCAGGAGGAUGUCUCGAAGCACCUGGUGAUGAUGAAGAACAUGCUUUAUGGGACGAGCGACACGGAGCCCCAGACGGACAUUGUGGUGGCCCAGCUGGCCCAGGAGUUGUACAACUCCAACCUUCUGCUGCUGCUCAUACAGAACCUGUCCAAGAUCGACUUCGAGGGCAAGAAGGAUGUGGCGCAGAUCUUCAACAACAUCCUGCGGCGGCAGAUUGGGACGAGGUCUCCCACGGUGGACUACAUCUGCACCAAGCCAGAGAUCCUCUUCACCCUCAUCCAAGGGUAUGAGAAGCAGGACAUAGCACUCAAUUGUGGCACAAUGCUGAGGGAGUGCGCACGCUACGAAGCACUGGCCAAAAUCAUCUUGUAUUCCGACGAGUUCUACAAGUUCUUCAACUAUGUCGAAGUGUCGACCUUUGACAUCGCCUCUGAUGCCUUCUCCACUUUCAAGGAACUCUUGACGCGCCACAAGAUGGUGUGUGCAGAUUUCCUGGAGCAACAAUACGACAAGGUGUUCUUCCACUAUCAAAACCUGCUCAUCUCCGAGAACUACGUCACCAAGCGGCAGUCGCUCAAGCUUCUAGGGGAGCUGCUGCUGGAUAGGCACAACUUUAGCAUCAUGACGCGCUACAUCAGCAACCCGGAGAACCUGAAGCUGAUGAUGAACAUGCUCAAGGAGAAGAGUCGCAACAUCCAGUUUGAAGCCUUCCACGUGUUCAAGGUUUUUGUGGCCAACCCCAACAAGCCCAAGCCGAUCCUGGACAUCCUGCUGCGGAACAAGGACAAGCUGGUGGAGUUCCUGACCAAGUUCCACACAGACCGGUCGGACGACGAGCAGUUCAACGACGAGAAGGCCUACCUCAUCAAGCAGAUCCGCGAGCUCAAGGCCAUCGACGGGGACGGGCUCGCGGCCCCGGCCUCCGGCGGAGGGGGCAAUGCCCAGAGCCCCCUGGCGGCUGCCCCCCUCACCACGGCAGCAAUGCAGCACUGAAGGCGGCACGAGCGGCCGAGCAGAAGAAAAAGAUAGAGAGGGACGCGGAGUGCCGCCCGGAGGAUUGAAAGACCAUUCCACAAGGAAGGAGAGGCCGGGCGCCAUCACUCACCAACGCAGCAGCUCGCCCUCCCCCCGGCGCCGCUCGUUUUCCCCCGUCGUCGCAUGCGCCACGUCGCCGUAGCCUAGGCGCUUGUUUUCGCGACACAUUCGGUUCAUUCUCCCGCCCGCCAGCCACGGCUGCCCUCUCGGCCGCCGGCGCGCCACCUGGGAGAGGAGGAAGGAACUGUGGUGGCGUCGUUUCUCUCGCCGGAGUCUGGCACUCGGGAGAGACCGUUCUGUCGUCGCCGCCGCAUUGUCUUUUCUAGGGUUGGUGGGGAUCAGUUUAGGGAGAGAGAAAAAAAAAAGUAGGGGGAGGGCGGAUUGGGGCAGCCGUGACGGCUCACUGCGUUCUUUCCGCUUUUCCCUCCCCUUUUUUUUUUCUUCUAAGGGAAAAGAGGGCAGUCUGUUCUCUCUACAGGGUGACUACACUAUUACCUUCUCUCCCUCUCUCGAAGGUGUGCGGGAAAGAUUAGCCAUUCAUUUUUCGUUACACUGUCUGCGGAGGGUGUUGUUUUUCGGUCCCAAAGCAUGCUUGGCGGUUUCUGUUUUUAAACUUUUAUUGACCUGUAAAAAAAAAAUUGUUUCUUUUUUUUUUUUUUUUUAUUUACAAAGAGCUUUAGGUGUUGUUAAUUAGUGCGAGAACUUCGCUACUUUUCCGUCGCUGGCGUUACGGCUUGAGGGCAUUGAUUUCCGUAACCGAUAGCGAGCGCAGACACUCGUACACUAGCCGCUAAGGUCGUUUUUUUUAAUCUUAGACGUAAGUGUAAUUUUUCUAACGUUUGCAUUCCACCUUCCCCACCCCGUUCUUUUCGUCUUUUAAAACGUGUUUGCUACGAGAGCACGGGAAACAGGUCAGCGCAACAAGGGGCUCGCAUCCGCCCGUGCCUCCUCCGUCACUAUCGGGUGGCAUCGGUUUCCCUGCGGUUUCUUAGGCUACAGGCUGGCGCGUGUGUGUGGGCGUGAAUGUGUAGGCCUCAAAACUGACCGACUGGACUUGCUGCCUCCGUGUACCGCAAGACACAUGAAGAAAAGUGCAAUGGAAGUCCUACGGCUCUCGGUUCCGCAUUUUCCUUAGAUGCAUGGACGUUGCUUUCUGGAGUAGACGAGCUGCCACUGUUUCAUUGUCUUUUUUUUUUUUUUUUUUAGAGAGUGUCGCUUUCAGUUUGUGUGGAACGAAGGCAAAGGGUGAAGCAAAUGCACCGUGCAGUCCCGUACACACGUAACGACGUCCGAUCCAGGAAUCCUUUUCGCUGAGCCUUUUAGACGCUUUUUUUUUUUCAGCAUUCGGUGACCCGCUGCGAACAAGUCUUAAAAGACGACCCGUCUUUCGUGAAUUUUACGGAUCAGAAAUGGGGGCACAAGUUUGUCCGCUUCUUUUCUAGGGGCUGUGGUGACAUCGGAACAACGAGCUCCGGUUGGCUCCGAUUGAAAGAUAGUGGGUAAAGCAAGCUGCCAUGAGGUCUACCCACUAUCCUUCAAUCUCGGCCAAUCGGAGCUUGGCAUUCAGACAUCGCCAUAACCCCUGCAAAAGAAGCAGACAAACUUGCGCUCCACAUUACAAAAAAUUUAUCGCACCACUAUAGUGCCUACGGUAAUAAACCUGUGGUUUGCGAAGCAGCUUAACCCUGGUUGCUAAGGGCUUGAAGAUAUGUUACGGUGUUUGAAUUGUGGAUAGCACAGAGGGCAAAUAGGAGCAGGCAGGACGAGUCUUCUAAUGAGCUAUAGUUGCCGAUGGAAUGAAAAUGGCAGAGCAUGUCUUUCGAACACUCGGCCUCCUGCAUGCUCCCCAUGCCUUUCGACGUGCUUUGGUUGGAAGCUUGCGCUAGAGGGGGAACAACUGAAGCUCCUCCCUACCGUUUUCACCUUGUCGGUGACAAUAGUUGUCCUGCCAAGGUAGCAAAUGUGUGCCACUUCUGCUUGCAGAGACGAGAAAAGCACUCCACAGCAUCCAGUCGUACCUUUGCAAUACUGCUUCAAGACAAACUGCAUUGCGAAAGUUAUUUUUGCAUGAAUAUGGUCGGUCAACGAAGUGUGAACAGCCUUCAUACCAUCUACAAGCAGAAUUGGUCGACUGUCUGCCAGUGGGACCAGAUGGUGCGAUUCUGGAUCGCUUGUCUGAACAACGUGCAUGCAGUAUGGUGUUGCUGCUCUACCCAGGACGGUGCCGUUAGGUUUGGGCGGGACUGAACCUUGCGGUUAUCCGAGUGGGUUUGGAACUACUUUUAUGCUUCCUCUAGAUUGCUUGAUAUUCCUCCCAUGUUUUUUCCCUUUUUUUUUUUUUUUUUUUCCGCAUAUAUACGCGUUUCUUUUGAAUUACACUUUCCUUGAUCUUCCCAGGAGGCGAGACUAGUGAGCGACCGUGUUGCUCUGGUUUCGGUCUCUGUCGUGCCUAUGCAUUUGUAGUCGUACCGUUUGAACCCGUAGUCCACCCUCCAAACUGGAUUGAUGCCGUGCUCCUAGUAAUAACAAAAUGGCCUUUUUUUUCUUUUUUUUUUUUUUGUAAUUUGACCUUUUUUUUUUUAAAGAUCUUUGCAGCUGUAUAGGGUAGUUUUUUUUUUUUAGAUGCAAAAAGCUAAGUUUACUACUGUUUUCAUUACUAUGGAUAGGCCUUUAAAUUUAAAAUGAGUGAGCUGACGUGUAUAGCCUUAAAAAGUUUGAAUGCAUCAGUUUUGUGUUCAGGCUGCGUGUUAAUAUCUAAACCUUGGUUUGUGUUCAUUUGUUCCGGAUCAAUGACGGGAAUGGUUAGCUUUGUCCCAGCACUACUCGCAUGGUGUGGCAUUUUGUCUGGGUGGGCACCAAAAUAUGGUAUAUAAGAAUUGGCACUGGAAGUUUAAGUUGGCAAAUGCCUGCCCUCCCCCCUUUCUGUUUCGAUUUCAGGCAGUUGUAAUCUAUGGCUACACUUUAGGUAAAACCACGAAUUGUUUGAUAGAUCGAAAGCCCCCUCCCCUUCCUUAUGAAGACUGUCUUGUUGAAGAAAAAAAAAAAAAGAAAUUUGUUGCUGGACAUCAACCGUUCUUGGAUUUUUUUUCCCCCUAGGAGGCACUACUCUGGCAUCUAUUUUUGUUUACAGAAAAGGACAAGAUGUAAAUGAUUGUGGCGGUGCAGAUUUUAAAACGUAAUAUUUAUAUUGCUCAUAGUUCCGUUCUUAAAAUAAAAAGAAACAAGCAAACAAAU